UGCACGCGUCUCAGGGCAGUCAUAUAGUAAGCUCCCAUCGACAGCUCGCGGGAAGGCUGUAAUUUAAUUUAAAAGAUAGUUCACCCUCGGUAAACGGAGCUAUUUAAUAUGUAGACUCCGUAAAACUACUUCAACGAAUACUUAACAUGCAGACAACAUUUUUAAAAAUAGUACACAGCUGUAGGAGACUUAUAACCAGCACUUUGAGAUUAACGUUAGCAUGCAAUGUUACCCUUUGAGACCUAGUGACAUCUAUAAACGCUCCGCCCCGCUGGAAGCGAGAGGACGAUUUCGAAGUGAUAACUGCGUUGGGAACUCAGUCUACACCGUGUGGUCGUCUGCUGUGGUUAGUUUAUUUUCAAGACUUUUAACGUCCAGCCGCAUUUUGUUUACGUCUUCCCGUCGCUUUACGGGCCGUCUUUUUCAACCGGUAAUGCUCGGUAUCAUCCAUGGUAUCAUCAGAUCGGUGUUGACAGCGUGAAAGCCAUAGCUUCUGGCUAUAACCUUAAAGUGGAAGUACUUCAUCGAAAUGCGAAGAAUUCCCAACAUUUUGUGUACAUUUUCCAGUCAGCUCGUACAGGACUAAAUAUAGCACAGAACAGACUGGGUGUUCGUAUGUCAAGCGUAAAGCUUUUAGUUGUGUAAUGACUAUUGACGACGGGCUAGCUAUCACUUCAUCUAAACCAACGUUCAGCAGUUUAAAGCGGAAAGUGUAAGAUGAUCUACAUCUACGAACUUUUACAACAUGUUUUUCACAAGACAACGUCAAAGUGGACUGCUUGUUGACCCAUUGAGGCUGUAACAUGCUUUUAACGGUUAAUUCAGUUGUGUGUAAAUACACAUUCAUCCAUGCCUUUUUUGGCAUCUAAUGGAAGAGAAACCACCCAUCAGGUCUGCCAUGGUAUCCAGAUUGCCUAAAUUUGGUGGACGCUCCUCGACUGGUGGCGCUAGCCCCUUGUCCAAUGGUUCCACACAGCAAACCACCCCUACCCAGGAUGGUAAGACCACUUCUCCAGGAACACACCUAAAUGGCGUAAUCUGUGCCCCUCCUUUUUCCCUGAAAUGGAGGAGAGAUGAGGGGACAACCCCCACUGGCGUCACCACCCCCACCAGCCCUGGGGAUGGAAUUGAAGACAAGGCUCAGAUACAGCUUCCUUCAUUGGCAAAGGAGGUAAAGAAUGGCUUUCCUGCGACGCCCAAGAUGCAAAGAUCAGGUGCUUUCAUGGUGGCGGUCUCCAGUCCCAAGGCCAUCCCCAAGCAACCCUUGACGAUGAAUCCAAAAGUAGGCACCAAGCUAGGCCAAAGCCCACUAAACGUAAGUUCUAAGAAGGGCCAUAAUGGCUCCAGCAUUCCUGCUCGAACAGGGUCAGAGUCCCGUCUUGUGCGGCCAAGGUUAGGAUCCAGCUCUCCCAGAAGCAGCUCUCAAGACAGCCUGUCCCAGUCCAGUGACAGCCUAAAGACCUUGGCGCUGGACAACAUGGUGCGUUCUAACAGCUUCACUCACUUCAAGCAGAUUCCCUCCCCCACGAGCCAGCCUAUGACACGGUCCUUCUCAUUUAACCGCGCUGUGGAGCUAGCCAAGCCUCUGGCAAACACUCAGCUUCGACCUCCUCGGAGUAGUUUUCUCAAACCCCCUCAGCUGAGCAAUGGAAGAGUGGGUUUAGGACUGGGGGGCCUGAAUGCCAGCCUUGGAGGUUCAGGAGGUCUAUGUGGAGGACUUGGAGGACUUCAGUACAGUAGAACUUCUUCAGCUGCCUCCUCUCUGACAACUCUUUCAGUCUCCCCAGCACCCUCUACUCCCAGUGCUCUAAAGAAACCUCUGCUCCCCAGUAGUGCGCUGACCAAAUCAUUGGGCAGCAGUGGGGGGUCUUUGGCCUACAGGCUGUCUCGAUCUGGGCAGGCCAAGCAGCAGAAGCCACUUUUUCCAGGAAGGGUCAAGGGGGCUAUUAGACCUGCUGCUUCUGAGAGUGCACAUCUGUUAGGGAUAGCAAAAGACAUUGAGCAAACUGUUGAAGCUGCCAAGGCAGACUCACACAGUGACAGUGAUGGAAGCUCUGGAGGAGAAAAAGGAGGAGGAAGUAGUAUGCUUAGGAAGAGCUCUGGCCUUACAGGAGGCGAGACUCUGGAGGACAUGUCCUUGUCUUCUGCCUCAUCUCUAGACAGAGGCGAUACCAGUGAAGAGUUUCUAGAUGACUUUGACUGUGUGGGAGAUGUGUUCAGUGAUGGUGACCUGCCUGACAACAGGAAAACUGGCAGCACUACUCAAACCCGCCUGCAAAGCUUUCUCAAUGAGACUCUUGAUUGGGACACUAUGGAUCUGGCAGGAAAUACAGAAGAAAGUCCUAUGCAGGACUCCUCACAACAGGGUGAUGUCCUUCAGGCUUCGUCUGUGGAGUUAUCGCCCUCCAACAGCUCUGGUGGAACCUACAUGUGGGAUGAAGAUGGUCUUGAGCCUCUUGGGCCUGCGCCAUGUGACAGCUAUGACGAUUCAGAGCUCAACAGCAUGGAUGUUCUGAACAACCUGGACCCUCCGGGAACAGGAGAAUUGGAUGAAGAUGACCUCAUGCUGGAUGUGGACCUCCCAGAGGAUGGCUUGCAUGACGCUGACGGGAUGUCACACUUUGAGCGCUCAGAAAGGGCCAGCCGGCAGGGGCAGCGGCGUAGACACCAUCGCUGGAGUGGACCAGAUCACUUCUCUAAUGAUAGCAGGGCCCAUGUCAUCCAGCCCUACAAUGGUCUUAUGGCUUCAAUGAUCUCUUCACAGCCCGUCCCCGCUGAAGGCAGGCAGCACGGCUACAUAGCGAUGCUGGAUGAACUCACUCUUGAACACAUGACUCAGGACUGCAGCUCCCUCAAGAACCAGUUGCUCAGGCUCAAAACGUUGCUACAGCUUGAGGAUACCGACUCUCCAGCAGAUGUUCCUGAAGAGAUUGAAGACAACACCACUGUAUCACAGUUGGAGGAGCUGAUUAAGGAAGUGCAGGUGCUCAGAGAGGAGCUGAGGAGUCGAGACAAGACCAUUGCUCAGCUCACAUUGCAGUGUCAACAGUUACAACAACAUCAGCGCAAACAAAUUUCUGCUCAAGGCAGGUGUCAGUGCCACCACCAGAGGGCUCCCACUUCAUUACGACAGAGCGACAGACAGAUGGACAAACGGAUUCAGCAUCAAUAUGACAAGGCCACUCAGACGUACUGGAGACCACCAAGCCAUGCUCCUCAAAUACUACAGCCUUUCAACCCCUGCCUCAACGAGCACCUCCACCAGGGAAGACUAGUAAAAACUCCCCCCACCGAGGGCCACAGUGACCUCACGAAGAGUAGAUCAGAGGAAGGAACGCAUAUUGACGCUGAACGUCCUCUUGAAGACCUUAUAGCAGAUGUGUCCAGGCCAGCACACCCUGAUGAGAUGAGUUAUCUCCUCAGCACCAACCUGCACCGGCCAGGCUUUGGGGCUCCGCAGGGGGUAAUUGCCAGAGACAGUCCAGCAUCAGCAGCUCAGUCUGCAGCACAGCAUGAACAAAGAACCCCUGCUGUGAUACCGCAGAGCUCUGUCACUGCUAAAUCUGCUGGUUCGACUAGCCGUCGCAUGCUGCAGCCUCCGCGCCUACACAAGCGUGUGUCUCUCCCUUCACUCAAGCCAGGGGGCACUGGUGGCUUUGCCUCUCUGAAGACUGGGUGUUCCUUAGGGCCUCUGGCUAACCAGAUCAAGCAGCUGCCCCCUCCAUCUAGAGGCCUUCCCUGCUUUAAUGCUGGACCUCAGGUUCAAGCUUCAAGUAUAUGUCGCGCUUCAUUGCUUCAGCCUCACAGAGCAUCAGAGCCUUGCAGGUUUCCACGGUGCUCCAACUCCAGCCUGGAGGAGCUGGAGUUCAAAGGCCCUGGGUCAGCCAAGAUCCUGAUCCCUUUGAGUCGCUCAUGCCUCCCCAAGCCAAAGAUUCCCUGAGGAACAUAAACACAGCCAUCGAAACUUAAAACUGGAAUCACUCUGACAUUUAUAUUCAUCCCCUUCUCUCCCCAGCCAUGAUAACUGUUUGAUUGUUUCACCUUUGGAGUAUCAGAGAACAUACACUGAGCUGAUUAACCCAUAUGGACUAUUCAGGGACUGCCUGUGUUGUUGACAAUGGUAUUGUGACUGCUGUAUUGUUUCUAUAUUAGCAUCUAUUUUUAUGGAAUUUUAUGGAAGUUUGCAAACCAUGCACAUGAAUGACACUGAUGCAAAAAAAUUGUUAACAUUCAGAGAAGUCAGCUUUAGUUUGGUUUUGUAAUGUCCGCUGGCUAAAUUUAAAAGUUUUGUCCUCACACAGCUGUGCCCUCUGACACACAGGUGCGUUUGAUUUUAAACAUGGAGGUGAGAUGAAUGUGACCUUUGCAUUGUAAGAGAAGGCCAAGGGGAAGAUGGAGGCAAAAACAAGAAGUGAGAAAUAAAAUAACAAAAGUGGAAUGGGGGGGCUAGACUGAAAAACAAAUUUGUUAAAGUUCUCUGGAGCUGUCACUCCCAGAAUGAAAGUGCGUGUUUGUUUGUGUGUGUGUGGAAGUGAGAGAUGAGAUACAUAGAGGUGAGGUGCAUACAUGCUUUUAUUCUAGUUUGCUGUACUUACAUCCUGGGUAAACCUUUGAACCUGCACAUAUUAGCAAAAGGGGUCUCAGACUUUCUGUGUAAAUGCAACUCAGACGUAAUUAUAGGCUUA